UUUUUAUUUCUGCCAUUUUGUGUUCUGCGUCUCGGGAAAAAAAUAAAACAGAAGGAAGUGAGACAGUGAGAAAGAAAAUUAUUAUUUCGCAAAACAGAAAAAAAUAAUAAGAAAUAUGUCGGAUUAUCGCUCACAAUCACGCGGCGGCGGACGUGGUGGCCAGGAUUAUUCGAAUGAUGAUGAUCCGCCGAUGUCGCGGCUAUUUAUAAUUUGCAACAAAGCGCAUACCGAAGAAGAUUUUCGCGAAGCGUUCUCAAAGUACGGGGAGAUAGAAGAUAUUUGGGUGGUUAAGGAUAAACACACACAGGAGAACAAAGGCAUUGCAUAUGUUAAGUUUUCGAAGACUUCCGAUGCCGCUAAGGCGCAGGAAGAGAUGAAUGGCAAAACGAUUGGAAAAACAGAUAGAACUCUCAAGGUGCUGGUUGCCGCAAAUCGUAAUCAAGGUUCAAAUAAAUCUGAAAACGAGCAGGAAAAGUAUGUGCGACUGUUUAUUGUCAUACCAAAAACAGCGACCGAAGAUGACAUACGUGAUGAGUUUGUGCAAUGGGGUGAGGUGGAGAAUGUGACCAUUGUGCGGGAGAAGAAUAAUGGCAGUCCAAAGGGUUUUGGAUACGUGCGUUUUACCAAAUUCUAUUAUGCCGCAGUAGCAUUUGAAAAUUGUUCUGCUAAAUACAAGGCAGUCUUUGCCGAGCCAAAGGGUUCUUCGCGCACACAACGUGACCAAUACGGGCGUCUGGCUGAUGAUAGUCCCAUAUAUGGUUCGGGCCGUGGCGGAGGAGGUAGCGGUGGUGGAGGCGGCUCCAAUUACAAUGGCGGUGGUAAUGGAGGCGGUAGCGGCGGAGGUGGUAGUUACAACAACGAUUGGAAUGCAUCGGUCAACAGUGAUAUGUCGGCAUUCUUACGCAUGCAAAACGUCCCCGUCCCACAGCCCACAUGCCUCGAGGUGACGGUCAGCAAUUGUGUUAACCAGGAUCAGUUAUGGCGACUCUUUGAUAUUAUACCCGGUCUCGAUUAUUGUCAAAUCAUGCGCGAACAUGGACCGCGGACAAAUGAAGCCGUUGUUGUCUACGAUAAUCCAGAAGCGGCGAUUUAUGCCAAAGACAAACUGCAUGGCCUGGAAUAUCCGAUGGGUGAACGCAUAAUUGUCAAAGUAAAUGGCAUGAGUUCAGCUCGCAUGGACACCUCGUUUAUAGACAGUGAACUAAAAAAGGACGCUAUUUGCAAUGUACCUUUGCCACCAACACAACCACUUGCAUCUCCCGAUUCUCAAGUUGCUCAAAGGCUUUUUAUUGUGCUCUCAGCUAAUCUGCCGCACUCAAUAUUGAAGAAUAUAUUCUCCUGCUGGAAAGGACUUAUUGAUGUCUAUCUGCUGCCGAAUAAAAAUUGCGGAUACGUCAAAUAUUCGGAACGGGAAAGUGCCCAAAAGGCAAUAACUGUAUUGAAUGGUGCAGAAAUCUGUGGCACUAAAAUAAAGGUUAUGGAAGCGGAGGAACGAAGUGGCUCCGAUGGUGACGAUAGUGGCAGGAAGCGAUUACGACGAAAUUAAGUACCCCACUGACAACAACAUACUACUUAACAAAAAAGAACAUAAUGUACGAGUAGUUUACAGAAAACAGAUCAAUUAAACAGUUCAACUGACCAACAACCGCCCAAAAAACACUACGGAAUCAACCAGAACGAGAACCACAACAAUCACAAUCAAAACUGAGUGAAAACACGAGUGAACAGAAGUGAACAGACACGGAAAACGGAAACAAGAUACGAGAAAACAAGAACUACCAAACAACCAACUUUACACAAUUUUGACUUGUUUUUGUGUGCGCUGUUUGUACUGAAGAGACCCAAUAAAGACCAGACCUAAACGGAGCCAACGAAACCAUGAAACAAUGAAUGCAAAAAACAAAAAAAAAAACCAACCA